AUAAUGGCAGCGCCCAUGCAAUGAGACAACAGUGCACGUAACAACAACUCUAUCCCCCACUGGCGCACCAGUGACGAAUUACAGCUCCCGGGAUAUCAAUCGACAAGCCCUCACAGGACACUGAAUCACAGAAUAGAGACAGAGAGAGAGAGAGACAGAGCGGUGUCAAUUUUCAUCAGAAUGGAGUCUCUUCUUCAAACUCUUUAUCCACCGACAGGCACAAAAAUCUAUCUAGCUAAGCUGAAGAAGGUGAUUGAACAUGUCAAAACUCUGAGUGAGCAGCAAGACAAGAAUCAUGCCCUGUGUCACCUGGUCUCUGUGUACUUGGACUGCCCCGCCCGCACCCCAGCACAACGAGUCACUGCAAGUUUCUUUGAAGGGUUAGAUAGCAAAAGUAAAAGCCAAGUGGAAAAAUGGUUGUGUGAUAAGCUUCUGGUCAGGCUGAGUAUCAGCAAUGAUGCAGGAGAAACAACAGCUCAAAAGAUGAGACAUACUGUGGAUACAGUGGCUGCCUUACUGGAGAAUUUUAAACUUGGAGAAAAGUGUGUGUCAACAGUUGCUUUUCACAUUGUACAGUUCUUGGUCAAGGCUGAGGAGUUCUUCUUACCUCAAGUCAAUGCUGAUGUGCCUCCAGUACGUCUGAAUGAGGUCAUGCACCACUGUCACGUGACCCUGCAGACGCUCAACUUGGUCCUACAGAAGACAGUGACUGGGUCAGCGGAGCUUGUCAAACAACUGGUCGCAGCAGACUCAGGUCAUCUUGUGCCCAGCAUGUUCCAGUUAGACUUACGCAUCUUGAACAACGAAUUGUUCCUGUUAGACUGUCGUUGCUGCAGUGCCAUGAAUGCUCUCAUCAUGAUUAAGCUGGCUAUUGGGAAGGAACAGGGGAGUGCACUGAUCCCAUCACUUAUCAUUCCGACCUCCGAGACCCCAAAGGAGUCAGCUCUGACACGCCCCUCAUGGCUCAACGAAGGCUUGAGUCAAAAUCUCAACCUGGAUCAGCAGUCUGUACUUGCUUUUCUGGCCCUAGCGUUUGGAUAUAUUGCCACAAUGGAAGUGGAAGAGGCUCUGAAAUGUACCGAGACAGGGAAAUGUUUCUUUGUGGACAUGUUUCUGACCAGACUGCUUCAGCACGGCCUCAGGUGCACAGAUACCAUCAGUAAGGCUCUCUAUGGCAAAACUGUCAACUUGUUCACAACCAAACUUUUGAGUGCUGCCCAAGGGAUAUCGGUGACAAGCAGUGUGAAUGCUGUGACCAUUGACCUGAGAGGGGAGUCUCCAACUCUGCAGUGUCUCCUGGACUAUGUGUGGACACACUGGGAGGACCAGCUGGAUGUGAUACGACAAAGUGCAAAAAUUGUGUUUGAAAAUGUCCUGAAAAUUCACACCACUGUCGCUCCUGAGAUGCAUAACAAAGAGGACUCGUUUCUCCAAUCACUGUUGCAACACUUGUUCACGGUCAGCUGGACGUCGCGGGGCAAGUUUGGUGCUUUAACCAGCUGUGGACGUCUUGUUGGGGCACAGACAGUACUCACUCUGAGGCCCGAGUUACCCACAGAAGUUGUGCAACAGUUACAAGAACAGGCCUCAUCUUGCUAUGCAAGUGAGCUGUACUCUGCACUGUUCACGCAACAUUUGCAAGAUCUUUCAACGUCCAGUUCUAAUGAAAGAGGAGACGGACAGACAGACCAAACUGUGAAGGAGGCUGCUCAGAACUUGGGAAAGUCAAAGAAUGUUCCAGAUAAGUCGGCUGUAAAUGCCCUCAGUAAGCUAGGAGACGACAAGAAAUCUUUGUUUCAUCAAACAUGGAUGUUGCCCGUUGUACGAGCUUUGACUUCUAGCAACAAGAAACUCAAGCAGAAUAUUAUAGAGUAUUUGCUUCCAAGACUUUUGAAAGUUGGAGACCAGGUUUUGAGCUACAUGGUGCAAAAAUUGUCGUCAAAUAAUAUAGUUGACGACAGCGUGCAGACACACCCCCACCACGGUGCCAUCAUCAUGUGUCUACGGAGGGCCCGAGUCAUGGGCUUGUUAAAGUCUGCUUCACAGAGUGGUCAAAGUGAGAGCUCAGGCUUCUUGUGGUAUGGUCAGCUUGACCCAAUUGUGCUCCGGUCAGCUUUGUGCAGUUUGGAUGAACAGAUUCGAUUAGAUGCUUUUGCGCUAGUGAUUGAAAAUCACAAGACUACUGAGGCCAUAACUUCUUUUGAGUUUGAAAUGAUCAAGUUCUUCCUUCCAACCAACUUGAACAACCAGUCCCCUGCUUUCAGACAGGCAGUGGUUGCUCUCAUGAAAAAGUUUUUCUUUAGAGUGAAGGAGUCAUGUGGAGCUCUGAACAGAUUGGUAAAGAAAUCUGACAAGCUGUCACCUGCUCAUGCUUCCAGACAAAACUAUCAGGAUUUCCUGGACUGGCUAAGUGGUCAUCUGCUGGGCUGUCUUUAUCCAGGCUCAGCAUUUGCAUACCGCACCUGUAGUCUUGCCAUCUUGUCUCUGAUGACAACUUUCUUCUCCACAGAGAGUGAUGGCUACUCUCUCCCCUCCUUCUUGUCGGACACCCAUCUCCAUACCCUACUUGAAUGCCUCUCUGAUACUUUUGAGGAAAACAAAAAAGAAGCUCUGAAAAUCUUGACAGCUUACAUGACCCAAGUAGGACCAGUGUGGAACCCCGACCAGCUGCGAGAAGCUCUGGUGUCCUCGAUGACGCUAGCCUGCAGCACCAGGCCUCAGGACUGUGGCACGGCCGCAUACUUCUUCCUCACCUUGAUGAGACAGCAGCAGCUACACCCGGACACUUUUGACUUGUCUCAGCUACUUCCCAGCAUAUCCCACCUGUGGGCGUCAUCCUCCAUCCCCUCCUCGAUGACUUCAUCUCCAAAGCUGUUCUUACUUCCUGUGCUGGUGUCGCUGCUGAACGAUCAGAUCGCCGUGGCUCAACACAGUCUGAUCACAGCCGCGGCAAACAGACCCAUGUAUCCCACGCUACACUGCAUCAGAUUUAUUCUACAUGAGCUCGACUUCAGAACCUUGACUCCGGAGAUGUUACCUUCAGUAAGAGACUUCAUAGCCUCACUUAUACACAGCUGCUUGAACCUGUCUACUGUAGUUUCCCCUGUCGUGCAAAAUUCUUCCCCUGAGGGUAAUGUUCCAGAGGAUGCUAUCUUAGGGCCUGGCCUGAAUGUUGGGGGAGCAUUGCCAAUUGCAGAAGACUUGUCCAAAGCUUCACAAGACUCCCUCUCAACCCCUUCCUUGCCCAACCUGGAGCAGUCAGUUGAGCUGAGCAGAGCUCUAGUGGAGUCAAUGCCCGAGUAUCUCGUGGUGUGCUGCUGGCGGAGCAUCAAGGAGGUGUCCUUGACCCUGGGCAAGAUGUGCCUUCAGAUACCAGUGACCUUGAUCCUGGAGAAGGAAAAAGAGGGCAGCCUUUCGCUUCUUACACUGGACCAGGUGCUGACCAUUGGAGACCACUUCACCCAGCAGCUUCUUGAGUCGAUUCACCGUGGAGCGUUUGAGCUCGCUUACGCGGGGUUCCAGCUGCUGUGUCAAAUGUUGUGGAGCCAUCCAGCCCCUGCUUUCCACCAACUCCCUGCUCAGUGGUUGUCUCAGGUGAUGGCAGACAUUCAGUCAAAAGAUCCCAACUCCCGCCUUUGUUCCACACGUCGCAGUGCAGGCGUUCCCUUUUUUGUACAAGCCAUUGCAUCAUCAGAGCCAAGUACUACAGGGAGGAAAUGUUUCCAUGGUGUGAUGAAGGAACUGUUGGCCAUAGCAUUGCCUGAUGACAAUCAGAGGGAGGGGACAGAGACUGAUGAUGCACAGGUACAUUCCUUGAACAUUUUACGGGCCUUGUUCAGAGAUGCUCGACUUGGUGAAGAUGUUGUUCCAUAUACUGCUGAUGGCCUGAAAGCUGCAGUGCUGGGGUUCAAAUCUGAUGAAUGGGCUGUUCGAAACUCUGCCACCCUGUUGCUGAGUGCACUGAUGACCAGAAUGUUUGGUGUAAAACGCAGCAAAGAUGAGACAGCGAUGUCCAAGAAAAAUUGCCAAACAGGCCGGCUGUUCUUCCAUCGCUACCCCAGCUUGUACCCAUUCUUGUUGUCAGAGUUGGAAGCUGCAACAGCUAACGUUGGGUCCAGUUCCGGUCUCCACCUUCACCCAAGCCUGUACCCAGUGCUGCUGGUCCUAGGCCGAUUGUUCCCAUCUACACUGGAGGGAUCGGACACCAGCCUCAGCCUGGCAGCGUUCAUACCUUAUGUCUUGAAGUGUGCUGCUAGUCCAGUUCUGAAGACCCGGCUCAUCGCAGCAAGAGCGCUGCGACCUCUGGCUCGGAAGACUCAAGUGAUUGACAUCAGCUCUCACCUCAUGGCCAACGUGCCUGUCUCACCAGACUGUCAGGCACAGCCCAACAGUUACAUUCAUGGGUCGCUCUUACAGCUGACCGAGUUGGUCCCCCUGGUGAAGAGUUUCAACCAAAACUUAAAGAGCAGCUUUCUAACUUCUCUUGUGCCCCUACUGCUGGAUAGAGUCUGGAUACUCUCAAGCACCAACAAAUGCUUUGUGACCAGACAAGCUGGCUUGGAGUUUGCCAGUUCUCUGCUGGACAUUGGGAAGUCACUAUCAGUCUCAGUGCCUUUUGUGGAUGAGCUCUUGGGUCAUUUUGUACAGGCAAUCUCCGCAGAUCACGACUGUCUCUCCCACAGCUCCACCACACUUCGAGAGAUGACAUGGCAGCCUUGGUUCUAUGAGUACCAGAAAACACAAGCCAGACUCUGUCUCAAAUACUUGUCAGUUUUGAACACACCAUUUCAGAAUAACCUUGUCCAGUCGAGUGUCACAAAAGAAGACUUGUCUUUGAGACAAGAAAAUAUAGCAAACAGUAGAAAAAACUGUCUUUCAGAAAUUUCAAACAAAGCCUAUGUGAGGAAUUCCAGUGGCUCAAUGUCACUAACAUUGUCAGUGUCUAGCAUUAAAAAUCUGCUUGGCUCAUCUUUCUAUGAGGUUAGAUUAGAAGUCCUAGAUGCUCUUUUAGAGGUUUUAAAGAAUUCAGAGUCCCUCCAUAGUGGUCACCCCAUCACAAAUAGUGAGGAUGAGGAAAGCAGGGACGUAGAAUUUUCUGGUCAGGAGCUGCAGCAAGAUGAAGUCUGGACUGGUGAUGUGGAGGGAGGAGGUUCAAGUCUGACUGUGGCUGUCGGAUGGACAGCAGAGGAGAUAAGGUGUCUGUUCCGUGACCUCACAGAUUUCCUGCUGGAGAUGGCUGAGAGGACAGAGACUCACCAUCGAUGUCAGGAGAAGGUAUUUCUUGUGCUGGCAUCUGUUCCUGAAGUGAUGGAUAUCAUCUCGAGACGAAACUCUGAGAGCAACUUGAAGAUGUUUUCAACCUUAAUUGAGAAACUGAGGGCAGAAAGACGAAUUGAAGUCAAGGCAGCUGUUCUAAUGUUUUCCAGUUGUGUCAUUCCCUUCCUCUAUUCCCAGUUGUCGAGUGAGAAUCCUAGCGUGGCCCUUGGUCUGCUACAACGUUGGGUUCAGGAGUUACAGUCUGGCUGCGUGGAAGAGGAGAGCACAGACUUCCAGAUGGCGUGUUGCCACGUGUUACUGCACAAUGCUGAGAGAUUGCUGGGUUCUACACUGGAGAAGACGAGCUGUUUGACCUUCCAGUGUUGGGAUAUCCUGGCUACGUUACUGCAAGAAGACGACCUUGAGGUCAAGGACAAAGCAGCUGAUGUCCUUUGUGCUGUGGUUGGAUUAGAAUUCGGUUCUUAUCACCCAAGCCACGCCCUCCACCUGCUGCCGGAGAUCCUCUUAUCCAUCCAUAGGGAUCAGCAUCUCUCCGAGGUGGUCAAAUGUUUGGUCUCUUGGGUCCUGGCUGAUUGUGGCUCAGAUGUCAAGGAGUCCAGCGAGAGACUGUUUGACAAAGGAGAGAUGAACACUUACUGGGAUCAGGUCACUUUCACUCGCAGUAUUACCACCUGCCUGGCCAGACUCUUCAGCAUCAGUAUCGGAGAUGGGAACAGCCGGUAUCUCUAUCAACCAGCAGCUCCAUCUUCACUUCAAGACAGACCAUCACCUAGUCAGAUCUCUCAGCUUCUAAAAGAUUCGAAUGUAGAAGAGUUUUUUGUGCAGUCAGCUUCUUGUGUAGUGAAAGAAUUGGGGGAUCAAGAUAGUAAGUGUCAGAAACUGGAUCGCCUCCUGAAUCCAGUGAGAUAUGGGUCUCUGUGUCAGACAGUGUUUAGAGGGCGUGUUCUUGUUGAGUUGCUCGCCACAUUUACAACAGAUGAUUGUGCAUGGGCAGAGGUUAAAACAGCUGUGAAGAUCCUGAAUGAUGCUGUAAAUCAAAGCGUGAAGAAGUUUCAGUUGGUGAAUGUUCUUUGUGGCACAUCUUUACUGUAAUGAUGAAUGGGUGUUAAAGGGGGUGGGGGUGGGGACGAUGUUUCUUGAUAAAAACACUUGCUGAUGUGAGGUGUUAUGGUGAUGGUGUCUUUUCAUUUGUGAUGGAUUUUUAUGGGCAAAGGAAUACCUACCCUCAUGCAGUAUGUAUAAUAUAUAUUUCGUGUUUUGUCUGAGUUGAUUGAUUCACUAAAUUUUUAAAAAGAGUAUUAGACUGGAUCAUUGAAUAAAAACUAGAGUCUAUUCUAAAUUUAUUUUGAUAUUGUGAGUACAUUUUUAUUUAAUUUGACGGUUGCUAUGAAAUUAAUGAGAUUACAAAACUGAUCCACCCAUUAGAUAGGUUGACUGGAAAUAACCUCUCAGCUGGCUUUCCUGGCAGUGCUACAAGUACAAGUAUCUCAUUUUUUUAGAAAAUGGAAAUGUGCAGUAUGAAUGUGAGGCGUGCUGGCAAAAUGAGUUACCUCUCGCAAUC